AUGGAUAUAAUAAGUGAGAAAGGGCGCACAGCCGUUGUCUAUCGUGUGAAACAAGGCUUGAUUUGCAAAUCGCCACGGACCGGAGGCAGCGAAAAAUUUCAGGCUGAGAUCAAGAAUGCUUUCGUCGUAGAAAGGCAACUUCUAGAAAGGCUAGGAGACCAUCCCAGAAUCGUUCAGUACUACGGAACCCACACAGACGACGGCCUGUUACUCAGCGAGGCAGAUCAUGGAGACCUUCAAUUGUACAUCGAUAGGGACAAUAGCAAAAUCGACACGGACAACAGCAAAAUCGACAACGCUUUGCGAAAGAAGUGGAGCCUCCAGGCCGCUGAAGCCCUCGCUCACGUCCACAAAAAAGGCAUUGUCCACCGCAAUGUAUGCCCUAAUAACUUUCUUGUUCAUGAGGGCAGCUUGCUUCUUGCCGACUUUGGGGGCUCUAGUUGCCGUGAACUAGAGUUGAACGGGCAUCUGCUCCCUGAUCCCCCAUUUUUCGACCCACAUUUGACAGACUUCAACACGCCAAAAGUCGAUGUCUUCAGUCUAGGCGUCCUUCUCUACAUUAUCAAUACUGGCCAAUAUCCUUUCCAUCAAGGCCCAGUGCCCCAGGAUAUGAAGAGAUUUGAAUAUGAGAACGAUGUGGAAGUGCGGUUGCAGCAAAAUGAAUUUCCAAGCCUCUCAGGUGUGCAGUUCAAAGACGUUAUCGCGGGAUGCUGCUGUGAGCGUCGAUUUGAGAGUGCAGAGGAGGUCUUUAUAGCUCUUGAGGCCGAAAUGUGA